CCCUCUCGAUGACUGGUAGUGGCGGUAACGACGACGCCGAUGACCGGUUUGGUUAGUUUAACCGCCGGUAACUUUCGUAUUUUUCAAUUUUCUCCAGUCGCAAGUGUCACGCUGAUUCGCUUAGUGCUGUAGCGUUCCGGUGCUCGUCCGCCGUCUGUUUUUUUAUUUUUACGCGUCGUAUCUAUCGUUGUAAUUAUUUUGAUUAAUUUCAUCGAUCGUCUUGACUUCAUCCCCUGCCGAGAUAAUAUCAUAACUACACCGAAGUGUGCAAUUUACGCAAUUUGUUUUACGGUGGUGCUCCUCUUCUCUUAGCUGCAAGAUGCAGCGAUCUUCUCUUCUCGUCGUCAUCUUGACGAUUACAGGUUUCGUAGGAUGUUGGGCAGUUUCAACUGAAACUCGAUGUAAAUUUCCUGGUGCACCAGCACACUCAACCGUAUCUUUCUCUAAUGAGACGUUAAUCACUGGUGCAAUAGCUACGUAUACUUGCGAAAGAGGUUUUGAACUUCUAGGACCAGCAAGAAGAGUAUGUGAAUCUACUGGUGAAUGGCUACCUGAAGGAAUACCAUUUUGUGUGUUAAAUGUGGCUGCAGGCAAAGCGCCUAUGCAAAUCAGCUCAGAACCCGGCGGCCUACCUCAAAAAGCCAUCGAUGGUAGUACCAGUUCUUUUUUCAGCCCCGAAACAUGCACACUCACUAAACCGGAACGUACCCCAUGGUGGUAUGUUAAUCUGUUGGAACCAUAUAUGGUUCAGUUAGUGAGACUGGAUUUCGGCAAAGCUUGUUGUGGUAAAAAUAAACCUGCUACAAUCAUCGUGCGAGUGGGAAACAAUAGGCCUGACCUGGGCACAAAUCCCAUAUGCAACCGAUUCACUGGCUUUAUUGACGAAGGAAAACCGUUGUUCCUUCCGUGCAAUCCACCUAUGCCAGGAGCAUUCGUUAGUGUCCACAUGGAAACCGCUAGUGGAUCCACUCAGUUAUCAAUAUGUGAAGCUUUUGUCUAUACUGAUCAAGCGUUACCAAUUGAAAGAUGUCCACAAUUCAGAGAUCAACCACCAGGAAGUACUGCUACAUACAACGGAAAGUGUUAUAUAUUUUAUAACCGUCAGCCAAUGAACUUAAGAGACGCAUUAGGUUUUUGUAGAUCAAGAGGUGGUACAUUAGUUGACGAAAGUAACCCCGCGUUACAAGGAUUUGUCAGCUGGGAACUGUGGAGGAGACAUAGGAGUGAUUCACAAAGUCAAUAUUGGAUGGGUGCCGUGAGGGAUGCUCAUAACAAAAAUAAUUGGAAAUGGCUAAACGGCGAAGAUCAAACAGUAUCGUUUUGGAGUUUACCCUCAAGCGGUUCUGAAACAACAUCUAUAAAUGGAGGCGAUUGCGCACGAUUUGAUGGUUCCAAAGGAUGGUUAUGGUCAGACACUAAUUGCAAUGCUCCGCUAAAUUUCAUUUGUCAACACCAACCGACUGCUUGUGGUAGGCCAGAGCAACCUCCAAAUUCAACAAUGAUUGCUGAAAAUUUCAAUGUCGGUACUGCGGUCGAGUAUUCUUGUGAUGAGGGCCACUUAUUGAUUGGGCCAUCCACUCGUACUUGUCUUGGAACAGGAUUUUAUAAUGAAUUUCCACCCGUGUGUAAACGAAUUCAAUGUGGUUUUCCUGCGGACAUUUCAAACGGAAGUUAUAAGCUAAUCAAUGGUACAGUCAACUACUUAAGCCAAGUACAAUAUACUUGCAAUGAAGGAUAUAAAAUAAUUGGCAGAGACAGAUUAAUUUGUGAUUUAGACGAAAGAUGGGAUGGUCCACCUCCAAAGUGUACAGUCCAAAAAUGCGAUGAUCCUCCUGUCAUUUCUAAUGGCGAAUACCAGAUGUCAAACAAUGACAGUAUUAUCGGAACACUAGUAGAAUAUACAUGUGUGUCUAGACGAUUCCGUUUGGUCGGACCUAAACAACUAAUAUGCUUACCAAGUGGUCAAUACGAUAAUAAGCCACCUUAUUGUAAAGAAGAAACCAAAACACCGAUUGUACCACCCGUGUUGGUGACUAAGACUGUAUCGACUAGUACUGUUCCUAGUAGCCGAGCGCCACCUACUCCUAAUCGUGAAAAACCACGUCCGUUCACAACCAAACCUACUUUAUUAACGAAACCAGCUAACGAUCAGGACGAUAGCGGCCAGACGUCAUCCAAUGUGGUAAUUGCCUCAGCGCAUCCGCAUGACAACGAGAUUCCGGAUAGUGUUCACGUCCGAACAAACCCGAACGCGGCCAACAUACCGUCUCAGGUGGAAAGCGAACACAAGAUCGGCCCUAAACUAAAUUUGGGAGCAAUAAUCGCGUUGGGUGUGUUCGGAGCGUUCGUGUUCCUGGCAGCAGUUGUAACCACAAUCGUCAUACUAGUGAAAAGGAAUCGCAGUGCCAAACACUACCGUCACCGGGCGUCGCCGGACACUAACACGGUCGCCUCGCUGGACUCGUCCGGUUCCGAGAGCCGAGGCGGUCUGAACCGGUACUACAGGCAGGCGUGGGAGAACCUGCACCAGUCGGCCGCGUCACCCAAACACUCGCGGCCUCACCAUCACCACCAUCAUCAUCACGCGGGCGGCAGGCGCAAGGAUAUCGCGGCCGACGGAUCGCCGCGCGUCGAGAGCAUGCGCGACGGAUCCGAGCUGGUCGUCAACGACGUGUACCACCCGCGGUCGACGGUCGGCCCGAUGGACCACAACAAGAAAUCGUCCCGACAUCAUCACCACCAUCACCAUCACCAGGGCAGGUCGGCCAACCGGUACUGAUGACGGCGGGCGCGGACUGCAACUAUAUAGUUAAUUACGGAUGAGAUUUCGACGUCGCACACGACUUGCACCGCGUGAUAAUAAUAUUAUUAUUAUUUGCAACAGCGGCUGCUGACGUCGCCGUCGCGCGGUCAUAAUAAUAUUAUAAUAUUAUUUAUAUAUACGCAUUAAGUUAAACGUUAGUUGUUAGGCGUACGCCUACUCUUAUUAUUAUAUAUAUUAUAGACUAAUUAUUAUUGUACGCGGAGCGAUUGUUUCGCUUUCGACAGCCGAACGACAGCUCGUUGUUUCGAAUAUUAUUCACUCGUUUUUUUUUUUUUUUUUUUGGAAAACUAACGGUAGUGCUUAUACAUACGCCUAUACGCAUUUAGGUAUACGAUAAUAAUGAUAUUAUAUUAUACUGGUAUCAUUUUUUUUCAAUUUUAUCGACUGAAGCAAAAUACUCUGUUGGAAAAAAAAUUGAUGUACCUACCUACCUUAUUUACAAAUAUCGAAUAUUGUUCUGUAUUAAUAAACAUUUAAAGUUUAGACGAGUGGAGUACAGGCAGCGGACCACGAAAUAUUUCGCCGUGUACUCAUCGUAGCCUCUAAACUUUAAAUGCUUAUAAAUAAAUGAUGUUGAGUUUGCAAACGUUUUCAGUUUUCCGGAAUAAAUAUUUUCAAAAAUGUACAUACUUUUCGUAAUAAUGAGUGUUUACAGCUGUUAAAAAAGCGCAAGGUAACGAACACACUCGUCUCUCUGCGAUUCAACGUGUCACAUUAACAUUAACGGUUUCACAUCCCUCCCUCAGUUUUAUGAAUACCAAAGACUUAAAUAGGUAAUAUUAUUUUUAUUAAUCACGAGACACCGAAAACAAUAGUCAAAAAUUAUCGAUCUGUCGUCCGAAGAAACUUGUUCUCCGAGUUAUUUCCAUUUUAUAUUUGUUUUUUUUUUUCAAAA